CUUCAUGUCGGCUUCAAUAAAACAAAGCGCACCAAAAAAGUGCUGAAAAGAGAAACUGUGGUUUCUGAACACGUGACCUUGUGUGGCACCGUGCCGUGGGAGGGCACAGGCAGCAGCUCGAGAGAGCUGGCCUUGCGCAGAUCCAGUCAGCUGAAAUGGAAGACCUGAGCUACUACGCUUAUGAUAACUUCACAGAGCUGCUCGACUUCAACGCCAGCGAGGAUGAGUGCCACCGGGGCGCGGAGCUCCCCUUCUCGCACGUCUACCUGCCCGUCCUGUAUUUCCUCAUCUUCUUCACCGGCGUCUCGGGCAACGUCUUCGUCAUCGCGGUCAUGCGCGCAAAGGGCGCGGGCCGGCGCCUGGUGGACACCUUCGUGCUGAACCUGGCGGCGGCCGACCUGGCCUUCGUGUUCACGCUCCCGCUCUGGGCCGUGUCGGCCGGCCUCGAGCACCGCUGGGACUUCGGCGACGCCCUGUGCAAGCUGAGCGGCUACGUCGUGGCCGUCAACCGCUCCUCCAACGUCUUCUUCCUGGCCUGCAUGAGCGCCGACCGCUACCUGGCCGUGGCGCGGCCGCUGGCCCGGCGGGCGGGGCGGGGCGGGCGGGGCGCGCGUCUGGCCUGCGCUGCGGUUUGGGCCUCCGCGCUGCUCCUGGGCCUCCCCUCGCUGGUGUUCCGCCGGGUGUCUCCGCCCGACGAGGGCGGCCUCUGCACGGAGGACGCGGAGUCGGCCGCGUUCGUGGGCCUGAGCCUGGCCUCGCUCGUCCUGGCCUUCCUGCUCCCGCUGGCGGUCGUGCUGUUCUGCUACGGCUGCGUCCUGCUCCGGCUGCGGGGCCGGCCCGCCGUCGCCCCCGGCAACGCCCCGGCCGAGGCCCGCCGCCGCUCCCUGCGGAUCGUCCUCGCUGUCGUGGCCGCCUUCGCCGUCUCCUGCCUGCCCUUCAACGUCUUCCGGGGAGUCCUGGUGGGGGCGCCGGCGCUGGGGUGGGAGUUCUCCUGUGAGGCGCGCGCCUUCCUGGCCCGGGCGCUCGUGCUCUCCGCCUGCCUGGCGUUCUUCGACAGCUGUGUGAAUCCGCUCAUCUACCUGCUCCUGGACCGCCACUUCCGCCAGCGCGCCCGCUGGCUCUGUCUCCGGGGGCUGUACGGCGGGGAGCAGCCGCCCCCUGCCACGGCCUCCAGCCGGAAUACAGACGGCCACGGAGCCUCCACCAGAACCCAAGUCCACUCCUUCAAUCUUGCGAACUGAUUCUCCGUGCGCUCUCCUCACCCACUAACGCAGUGGUCUCCAACCCCCGGUUCUUCAGAGCUACCGGGUCUGCUGGUUUUUGUCUUCACCUUAAAUUCAGCACCGUGUUGAUACCCAGAUAACCAGGUGAGGUGAGUCAACUGUGUAACCAACGGCUCUAUUUGAUUGAAGAGCCGAGUAGCAAUGAAAACCAGCAGACCUUGUGGCUCUCCAGGACCAGGGUUGGAGACCACUGCAGGUGAGGUCCACCGUAUACCAUCAAUUUAUAGACCCCCCUCC